AUGAAACGUGUUUGGGCGAUAGGACUUCUUUGUGCUCUCCUAGCGUUUGCUGCUGUUAAGGCAGAGGAUGAAGUUGACAUCGAUGGGACUGUGGAGGAGGAUCUUGGUAAAAGCAGGGAUGGCUCCAGAACAGAUGAUGAGGUGGUACAGAGAGAGGAGGAGGCUAUUCAGCUGGAUGGACUGAAUGCAGCUCAGAUCAAGGAAAUCAGAGAGAAAUCAGAAAAGCAUGUCUUUCAGGCUGAGGUCAACCGUAUGAUGAAGCUGAUCAUCAACUCCCUCUACAAGAACAAGGAGAUCUUCCUGAGAGAGCUGAUCUCCAACGCCUCAGAUGCUCUGGAUAAGAUCCGCCUGCUGUCUCUGACCAACGAGGAUGCACUGGCCUCUAACGAGGAGCUGACCAUCAAAAUAAAGUCGGACAAGGAGAAAAACAUGCUCCACAUUACUGACACUGGCAUUGGAAUGACCAAAGAGGACCUGGUGAAGAACCUAGGUACCAUCGCCAAGUCUGGCACCAGCGAGUUCCUCAACAAGAUGACUGAGAUGCAGACGGAGGGCCAGUCUACCUCAGAGCUGAUUGGCCAGUUUGGUGUGGGUUUCUACUCUGCUUUCCUGGUGGCUGACAAGGUCAUCGUGACAUCCAAGCACAACAACGGCACCCAGCACAUCUGGGAGUCCGACUCCUCUGAGUUCUCCGUCAUUGAGGACCCCCGUGGAAACACAUUGGGAAGAGGAACCACCAUCACACUGGUCCUGAAGGAGGAGGCCUCAGACUACCUGGAGCUGGAGACCAUCAAGAACCUUGUGAAGAAGUAUUCUCAGUUCAUCAACUUCCCCAUCUAUGUUUGGGCCAGCAAGACUGAGACCGUUGAAGAGCCCAUCGAGGAUGAUGCUGAGGCUGAGGAGGAACCAGAGAAAGAUGCUACUGAGGAUGAAGCUGAGGUGGAGGAAGAGGAGGAAGACAAGGACAAACCUAAGACCAAGAAGGUUGAGAAAACUGUGUGGGACUGGGAACUGAUGAAUGACAUCAAGCCCAUCUGGCAGAGACCAGCCAAAGAAGUUGAAGAGGACGAGUACAAGGCUUUCUACAAGACCUUCUCCAAGGACAGUGAUGACCCUCUGUCUCAUAUCCACUUCACGGCUGAGGGCGAGGUCACCUUCAAGUCCAUCCUCUUUGUACCUGCAGCAGCUCCCCGCGGACUAUUCGACGAGUAUGGCUCCAAGAAAAAUGACUUCAUCAAGCUUUUUGUCAGGAGAGUUUUCAUCACAGACGACUUCAACGACAUGAUGCCGAAAUACCUGAACUUCAUCAAGGGAGUGGUGGACUCUGAUGACCUUCCCCUGAAUGUUUCCAGAGAGACCCUGCAGCAGCACAAACUCCUUAAGGUCAUCCGUAAGAAGCUGGUGCGCAAGACCUUGGACAUGAUCAAGAAGAUCGCUGAGGAGCAGUACAACGAGAAGUUCUGGAAGGAGUUUGGAACCAACAUCAAACUGGGUGUGAUUGAAGAUCACUCCAACAGGACCCGUCUAGCCAAGCUGCUCCGUUUCCAGACCUCCCACAGCGAGUCAGAACUGGCUAGCCUGGAGCAGUAUGUGGAGCGCAUGAAGGAGAAGCAGGACAAGAUCUACUUCAUGGCUGGCACUAGCAGGAAGGAGGCUGAGUCUUCUCCCUUUGUUGAGAGGCUGCUGAAGAAGGGUUACGAGGUGAUUUAUCUGACAGAGCCUGUGGAUGAAUACUGCAUCCAGGCACUGCCCGAGUUUGAUGGGAAGCGCUUCCAGAAUGUGGCUAAGGAGGGUGUCAAAUUUGAUGAGAGUGAAAAGGCCAAAGAGAAGAGGGAGGCCCUGGAGAAGGAGUACGAACCUCUCACCACCUGGAUGAAGGACAAGGCCCUGAAAGACAAGAUCGAGAAGGCCAUCCUUUCUCAGAGGCUAACCAACUCACCCUGUGCCUUGGUUGCCAGCCAGUAUGGCUGGUCAGGAAACAUGGAGAGGAUCAUGAAGGCACAGGCUUACCAGACAGGAAAAGAUAUUUCCACAAAUUAUUAUGCCAGCCAGAAGAAAACAUUAGAAAUCAACCCUAAACACCCUCUCAUCAAGCAGAUGCUGAAGCGAGUCAAUGACAACGCUGAUGACCAAACGGCCUCAGACCUGGCUAUGGUGCUGUUUGAGACAGCCACCCUGCGCUCAGGUUACCAGCUGGCUGAUACUAAGGCCUACGGAGACAGGAUAGAGCGCAUGCUCCGGCUCAGCAUGAACAUAGACAUUGACGAGCAGAUUGAGGAAGAGCCAGAGGAAGAGCCUGAGGAGCCAGCAGAGGAAGAGGCUGAAGAUGAAGAGGAAAUUACAGAUGAAGAAGAUGAGGAAACGGCGAAAACGGACAGAGAUGAACUGUGAGGCACUGAGUGGGGAAAAGCAUGUAACAAUGGACUGAACCUGGAGUUGAGACCUGGCCAACAUCAAUGUGGCCUAUUUUAUUCUGGGUGGGGUCCCUGGGUUGGGGUUUUAUAAGGCGAGCAUUGUUUGUUUUGUUUUUUUACAUUCCUCAUGACUGUAAAUUUGUUAAUAUUUAACUGACCUGUUUAUGGAAAGAUGCGAUCCUGUCUCUUGAUCGAAUAAAUGUUUCCUGGAAAAAGGAUAUA